CAACAUGGAGAAAGAGAAAGGUGGUGUUUCAAAGGAUGUGCGGCCGAAAAAAGAGCCGCAGCCGUUGGUGAUACCGAAAAAUGCCACCGAUGAACAGAGGCUAAAGUUGGAGAGGCUAAUGAGAAACCCGGACAAGGUAGCUCCUAUACCUGAUAGGCUAAAGGAAUGGACUCCAAGAUCUGCUCCAGAAUUUGUCCGAGAUGUUAUGGGUUCUAGUGCUGGUGCUGGAAGUGGAGAGUUUCAUGUAUAUCGACAUCUUCGUCGCAGAGAGUACCAAAGACAGGAAUUUAUGGAUUUAAUGUCUGACAAGCAAAAAUUAGAUGUGGAAUUUCAGAGAAAGCUGAAAGAAAACCAAAUGAAAUCAGAGGAGCGGACAGCAAAGCGUCGUUUGAAAAGGCAAAAAUUAAAAGAGAAGCAGAAAAUGGCGAAAAAACCUAAAGCAGGAGCAGAAAAACAUACAGAACCUGAAAGUCCUCCUACUCCAGAGUCAAGCGAUGGUGACCAAUCAGAUUCUGAAGACAGAAAAUAGGCUGUGCAAUGACCUUCACAUCUGGCGUGAAGUAAUCUGACUCAUGAUGGCAAAUACAGACUAUUUCCAUUAUUCCUUGUUUUAAUUAAAAAAAAAUAAAUGAUGUUGCAUAGAACUUGUUAAUGCAAAAAAAUGUUAAGAUACAAUUUAUAGUAUUUUUUUUUUGUAAAGGUUAACUAUGCACAAUGUAAAGUAUUCUUUUUAGAGUUGUUUUCUUUUUGUCCUAUUUAAAUGAAGUCUUUAAAAUAAUGUAUGAAGGUCCAGAGGCAGGAAUUUUACAGCAUACAUAGGUAGUGUUUUAAUCCUGUUACAAUAAUUGAGUAUUGUCUGUUAUAAAUGUGUUAUUAAUUUAGCUGCCAUUUGCAAUUUAUAAAUGGACUUGUCAUAUAAAGUCUGUAAACUGUUCCCUGCUGUCUCUCUGUAAUCACUGGACCUCUGUGACAACCAUGUCUAAAAUGCACGUCUGUGUUCAGGUUAUAGUCUGACUACUAAUCAUCUUUUAUUCAACAUCACCUGCAACUGUAACAUUAAAGGGACACUUGACACCUGAUAAAAAUCAUUAAAAGGAUGUUUUCUUAUGAAUUAAAAUCACGUAAUCGCUA